GCGUAUUGCAGCACAAUGUACUUUUGAAAGCGCGUCCCUGAGUCGGGCAGCGACAUCAUCGAUGGCCACAAGCGCAGCAUCCCCAGCUCUCCGCCGCGUUCUUCAGACGGACUUCACUGCAGCACAAGGAAACGCAUUACAAGCUUGCUUUGCUAGCUUGUAUGGAAUCGACCUCGCCGACGUCCCGAACUUCAUCUCCGAUCCCAGAGGAUACAUGGUUGCCAUCAAUGCUUGGCUCGACUGUCGGGGCACGAACGUCCACUUGCGCAAAGUCCCGUUGUCUCCAAACGGGACGCUUCCAUCGAACGAAUCAUCUCUCGUUCCCGGCACGCUCGUUCUCCUGCGAGGCAACUCGCCGCGUGGAAGCCAUGCCCAUGUCAUCAUCGCCUCGGUCGAUUCUUCAGGUAGGGCAUUCGUCCCGGCCAUGGACCCACAUCCCGACACAACGUACCUCAGUGACGAUACGUCCGGGCAAUGGGCUGGUCUACUCGAAGCGUCCAAUCGACCCGAUGUGUAACCUUGGCCAUCGCUCACGAUCCUUCCACCAUUAUCCCAGAGCUGGACUGGUCAUGCUCAGCAACCCCACCUCACCCUUGCCAACACCAAACGCAUGGUCACACGCUAAGCUCGCAUGUAAGACAAAAUCUAUCCAACAUCGUUGUAAGAGCACCAUGAAGCGGGUUGCUCUAUGAAGUGAGUCGAGCGAUCGCAGGACAUUCCGUUCGUACGGAUAUGUCCCGUGAAGAGUGCCGUGGCGAGCACUCCAACGUCAGUCGAAUUUUCGAGUUCACAUACCACGGGAGGUCGAACGAGCGAUGCCGUGUGGACAAAAGAGCAAGAGAUGAGCCACAGCGCCAAAAUAAAGUUAAUCACACGCACAAUACCUUCCUA